AUGCUGCGUCUGACAAGAUGUCAAAAACAAUCAAGAAGAGCCUACAAAAUAAAUAAUAUAAAAGUUAGUAAUGAUGAUGUAUCUGCCCAUAAUAGUUCUGUUUAUAGUAAUUCUGAAGGAUAUGAUGAUGAUAUGAAAGAUUACUUUGAAGUUGACAAUAGUUCUUCCCAUUAUAACUCUAUUGAUGAUGAUAAUACUGCAAGCAUUAUAGAAAAAUUUUGUAAAGCAAUAAAGAAAGUAUUACCAGGAACAUGCUUUUUAAGAAGAAACUCAAGUCAUACUAAAAGAAGAAAGAAUCAACAGCAGCGUGAAGCAGCAAAAGGGACUCUUACUUUACACACCUUUUGGAAUACCAAGAAACCUUCUGAAGAAAUUGAUGAGAAGCUGACUGAAAAGACUAAUGUAGAAGAAUCAGAUGAUGAAAUUGAAGAUUACGAUUGGUAUAAUAAAAUUCAGAUUGCUCUCAAAAAUCUAAUAUUAGAUCUCAAAAAAGAAAAGGUUAAUAACGCAAGUGAGAUUGUUGCUAAUGUAGCAGGAAAAGGGAUAUAUCAUGCUAGAUGCACUCGUUCUUGGGCAAAUAAUUAUAUAAUGACCCAUAAAAUUCCUUACUCUCGUCAAGAAUAUCAUGCCAAAGUAUGGAGCUUUCUUUGGGAUGAGAACAUUAUUCUUCAAGUAAAAGCUUAUAUUCAGAAACAUAAGUGGGAUGUUACUUCACAAAUACUAAUGACACAGAUGAAUGAAAUUAUUUUGCCAGGACUUGGAUUUGCAUCAUCUCCAACUAUUCAUCUUAACACUACAAGAAACUAUUUGAUAGAACUUAGAUAUACAUAUACUAAAAGACAAUUUGAAAGAAGUAACAUGGCAGGUGAUAAUGUAUAA